CCCACUCACGAAACUUCCUUCGUGCAGCUGCGACUGGUUCUUUCUAAAAAGAUGGAGACCGACGGAGUUAGCCCACAGACAAACUGGGACUCUGACAGCCCCGUAGGGGCAGCACUUUUACUUGUUAUUGGGGAACCAGUUACAGAUGAUCACCAAAAUGUCAUUUUAGGAGAAAUUACGAAAGGAUUCCGUUGUUGGGAUGAAGAACAGACGGGGAUUGACAUUAACGAUGAGUUGGCGAGGAUUGCAAACCGAGCCUCAAUGGGCGAGGAAGGACCCAAUGUUAUCGUCACUGGACCUGACCCGUCAGAAAGCUGCAAUGAGAGGACAAUUCAACACCGAUCUGAGAAGAUUGCCAUGGAGAUAUUGGUCAACCCCCGACUGCAGACCUUGCAACAGUCCCUCCGAACCUUCCUGAUGAUGCCAGCUGAUAACCGACACCUUAUUUAUGCUGGCCACUACUUCGCCGGUAGUGGAUCGUGGGUCCUACAGGACGACUGCUUCACCGUGUCCCAGCUGGGGCGUCUCUGUAAAGACAGCGACAUUGAGGCGGCUUUGAAACAACAGGACGGUGGCAAGAUGACGAUAUACUGCAAUGCAGGAGGGGAAUGGAAAAACUCAAGCAUCAAUAAACUAGACGUAAGCAAAAGUCUCACCCUGGAAUUAAAUCCUGAGGAGAAGUUAUCCGACAUCAAUGGCGUGUUACAGUUCAGCACGUACAUCAGUAGCUUCAUACACGCCAAGACCAUUCAACAGUUAAUGCGUACUUCUGAUGUUGUUGGUAACAUCCGAUUCAGCAAGCCUACUCUAUACAUAUUCCCCGCCUGUGAAGGUGAUUCUGCCAUGUUUGGUAUCAGUGGGUUUAACCUUCUAGUCAAUGGCGGAUACAGCAGGAAGUCAUGUUUCUGGGACUUUGCCCGCCAUCUUGAUCGUAUUGAUGCUGUACUUAUGACUCAUCUCGGUGCUGAUAAUAUCUUUGGUAUAAGUUCUGUUCUGAAGAGGAAGAGCAUGGAAACCAUCCAUCCCGACAUCGGCUUUAUGUACUUAAAUGCUUCUGACAAGGCAGGUGAUGCUGAGGUCAAUGGUUUAAAUGGCAAGGAACUGAACCUUGCUAUUAAUUUAGCAGAAGAGGGAAGCAAAUUACUGGAAUUUUCAAAGAACCUUAUUUCCACUCCUCAGCCCUGUUCCCGGUUGGGUACUAACCCUACCGUCACGCCUGUGAACCUGUAUCACAAGGUCGGCCAUGGUUCCCUGGACAUGUACAUACUUAACCCUGUCACUGACAGCAAGGAGCUUAAGGACUUCUAUCAACAAUGGAACAAGCAGGUGAUGGAGUUUGGCUCCACCCAGAAUGUGCCACUUCCGAACAUGUUAUCAAUAUGCUGCCUACUAGUGUGGCAGCCAGCGGAUCCUGAUGCUGAUAUCAACCGUCUUUUCUUCCCUGGAAAUGCUCCUCAACACAAGAUUAUUGAGGGAUUGGAAAAAUUGAAACAUUUAAAAUUCUUAAAAAAACCAACAUGCACUCCAAAAGAUCUGGAAGCUAAGCCUGCUCCGAAAAAACCCAGUGGACCAGCAGGUCGUCCAGCAUCAGCUAAAACAGCCCCAAAAGCAACACCUGAAAAGAAACCUGAGAAUAAACCUGCCUAUAAACCUGCUGCAACCAGCAAAUCAAACAAAGUCUCUAAGGAGGAUGAGAACAAGAAGAAGGCAGAGGACAAGACAGGCAAGUCUAGGCCCUCCCUUCUCAACAAAACAGCACCAAAGCCUGCUAAACCCGAUUUGUCUGCUACCAAGAAACCAACGAGCACAACACCAAAGAAACCUUCUCCUACUGAGGCUAAAAAGAAACCAAUGUCAACACAAUCACCAAGACCUUCAGCUAAAAAGGAAGCGGAGAAAUCUACACCAAGCAAACAGAAAACGCCAUCCCCAGAGCGAAAGCCCCAAACUCCAGUAGCAAGUGUGGCUCCAGUCAUUGCUCCACAGGAACCGCUUGUGGAACCUGUUUUGGAAGUGGCACCCUCUCAGCCUGCUGUUGAUCUGUUGUCGGGGACCCAGGCAUCACUCAUAGAUAUAACCCCUGAAGAACCACUCAAUAACAUGACUGACACACUCGUACCCAAACAAGAACCCUUGGUGGAAUCCGAGAAGAAAUCUGAGUCACCAGAUCCUCUUCCCGACCCAAAUCAAUUUGAAGUUGCUGCUAACCAGGGUGAGAGCUCCUUGAUGUACGGCUCAUUUCACCAAGAUCUUCAGAAUGACAUACUGGCCCCUGAAGAUGUCUCUAUGGAGAAUGGAGGCCAUGACUACGAAACUGACCUAGUACAGCCAGAGUCCCUACCAGAACCUGUGGCAUACUCACCCCAAGAACCUGACCUUAUACCAGAAAUGUCCCCAGUUACCAAGGAACCUCUCUGCCCUGUAGACCCCCAGUCUCCAGUGAGGGAUAUUCCAGCAGAACCAGAUGUUGUACCAUCAUUCAGAGCUGAACCUGAUGUACAACAGUCAGUUCAGGAACUUGACAGGCCAGUCUCACUAGAUACUGCCCAGGACCAGGUUCUCAGUGAUCCUCCAAGCACAGAAUCUCCUGGAACAGAGGAGACAGACAUCAUACCACAACCAAAGGAUAACUUGGACCUCUAUGCUACAAAUUACAAAAUGGAGGAGGAUGCUCAAAUGGAGGAAAUGAAGCAAAGGUCUCCAGUUGAUGAGAUUAAUGAACCAUAUUUUCAAAAACAGGAAGAUGUCAUGCCAGAAAUACAUGAAGAAUUGAAAUCUGAAGAUUCUCAGGAUAAUAUGCCAGAAGAACAAGAUGAAGAUUUUAUAGAACAGGAGCCGAAAGUACAAGAGGAAGUGAAAUCUGAAGAUCUUCAGGAUAAUAGGCCGGAAGAACAAGAUGAAGAUUUUAUAGAACAGGAGCCGAAAGUACAAGAGGAAGUGAAAUCUGAAGAUCUUCAGGAUAGUAGGCGGGAAGAACACGAGGAAGAGGUUAAAGAACAGGUGGUUGGGACACAGGAAAUGUUACCAUCCCCAGUGGAGCCAGAACAACCACAAGAGAAGGCUGACAUUUCUGACCACGCUCUGGACGAGGUGGAGGAAGAGGAUGAUGGAGAUAUUUCACCAGAUGAAAUGGACAGCCAGGGCGAUGUCAGAGAAACAGUUCUUCCUGAAGACAACCCUCCAGAGGAUGUUUCUCCAUAUGCAUUUGAGAACAAAGGCUUUACAGAGGGGUCUGCUGACGAUAUUGGAGAUGAACCCUCAACAGAACCUGUGGAAGACAUUCAGUCUGAUGAUGGGCAACAGUGUGUUGAUGCAUUUGAAAAAGACGAGGACAUCAAAGGUGAUGCGAAGGAGUUUGAGGAGGUGGAAGGUGAACAAGAUGGAAGAGCUAUGUCACAUGAUGAUGUUCAGGUUAUAGAUGAUUCCUUGGAAGAAACCCAGCACCAGAAUGGAGACUAUUUGGAAGUAUCAAACAUUCCUGAAGCCUUUGAGAAAGACGAAACACCCGAUCCAGUGGAUCUGAAAUCCGAGGACUCCCAAGAGGAAGAUGAAGGACUUCCAGAACAAGAAAAUGUAGAAAGUGAUGCCUACCAUGCUGAUGGUUACAGUUCCUUUAUAGGUCUGCAAGACAAGCCUGCUGUACCUAGUACAGAUCCCAGCUUUAAUCCAUUUACGAGUAUUAAUGAGGGUUCUCAACAGCAGGCCAGCCCAACAGAUGGAGCUGCUGCAGCAUUUGAUCCGUUCUUCUCUGCCGGUGUUAACACACAAAGUACUAACCCCUUCAGCUGUUCUGGUCAGCCAUUAGAUAGCUACCAAGGGGAGGCAAAUGGACAGACCUUUGAUCCCAAAGAGUGGGGUGAACCCAUGGGUCUGCCUGCUCCCCCUCCACCUGAGGGAUCUCCUGGGCCAACAGCUAACGGUAAAGCUACAGAGAAGGGUACACAGAAAGCCAAACCUGGAGCAACUAAGAGACCAGAAUCUGCCAAGUUAAACAAGUCAAAGAUAGGAGAUAAACCAGAGAAGAAUGUUCCACCUUCAUCUGCCAGAAAUGCAAAGACAAAUGGUGUGAAAUCCACAACCACCAAGGCCCGCCCAGCUAGUGCAGCCGCUCCAUCAUCAACAGAUUCAAAAAGCAAACCUACAGGCAGAAGACCGGCUACAGCCACUGGUAAUCGAGCGUCCCCUGCCACUUCCAAGACCCCUCCCCUCCCUCCGCUGACUCCUUUCUAUAUAGAUUUGUCUUACAUACCCAACCAUGGAAAUCCCCAGUACAGCGACAUAGAAUUCUUCAAACGUAUCCGAGCCAGGUUCUACGUCCUAAGUUCCCUGUCUCCUAACUCACAAGUGCUGAACGCCCUCCUUGACGCCAAACAGACAUGGGAGGACAAGGACCUGAAGGUCACCAUCAUCCCUACAUACGACAAUGAUACCGUACGCCACUGGAUGGGACUCAACAAGGACCGCCUAUGUGAUCUCAACGUAGACGUCGCCCCGUCUGCCGCCAGGUGUACCAUCCAGCUACAGGAUCAUGAGACAAGCUGCUCCGCUUUCCGGCUGGAGUUCUGAAUGCAGAUGUGAGAGUGUGCAAGUCUGAGGGAUCAGCUAUAUGAAAAAGUUUGGUCGAUGAAGGAGCUCACUUUCAUUUCACUUUGUAAAGAUUGUGUAGUUAGUAACAAUGAUCAUGUGACUAGGGAAACAGUUCUGAUAUGUGUAAGUCAUGCGUUUCAAAAAACUGAAAGUGUCCUAAAGAAUCUGCAAGUUGUGUGAUUCUGACAGACAAGCAGUCAUAUAAUGGACUUUGCUUGGUCUUGAUACACCUAAACUCAAUUACAUCUUUGUAGAUGUUUCUCGCUUGUUGAUCGGCAGUUUGUUUGGUCCUAAGCUCUCUGUCUGUAUGUUCAAUGUGACUGUAGAUCUGACUGAGGUAAUCGUGGGCUGCUGUGGCCCUGAGCAUUGUUGUGUGAAUGUAUUCAGCCCAGGUUCCACUAUGGGACAAGCUAUAUGUAGGCCCCAAUUAUGUAUAGGUUAAAAAGUUGUUGGACCAUGUCGCUUGAUAAAGAAGACACCCAUACAUGACCUGGAAAGGACUCCUGGGGUUUCCAUUCAUGUUAUGGGGUCAGCAGGUCCUUUUGUGUACAUGCUAUGAGGCCAUUGUCUGUUGGGCUAGCUAUAGAAAUAAGGCCCAUCUGAUCACCUUUUAAAGGGGUCAGUAGGUCUUUGCAUUUGAGGGAUGGUCCAUGUGGUAUAUGCAUGGUAUGGGGCCUGCAAAGGGCUCUUAAGAUGCUAUCAUGUUUUGGGUUCUUGAAACACAAUAUGGGGCCAGAUUUUAGGGAUGAUAUAUGGUAUGGGGUGAAUUAUUUUGGGUUAUUUAUGACAUGAGGUCCAUAUGGGUAACUUGGAGAUGUUUGUUUCGCAAAAGUUGUAAAAGAAACGAUGUGGGGCCAAGUAAGUGUGAAGGAGACCUCUGCGUGUACCUAUAUCUGUGUGUUGGCUAGAGGUAUGAAGAUGUAUGUUUAGUGCUUGAGACUGUAGAGUAUCUGAGAAAGCUUGCAAUAUGUGCUUUAUGAGGUUAUUAUUUACAAACAUUUUUUUUUGUAUUGUAUUAAAUUAUUUUUUUUUCAUUCAUAUUCUAGCGUUAUUGUGACAAUUUUCAUACUUUGUAUUUAUUUCACGUAAUAAUGUCCAUGAAUGUUAAUUUUUAUAUUGGUAAAUCUGAUGUGUGUGGAAUAGAUAGCCAAGUAUUUAUAUGUGUUCAGUAGAAAUCACUCUUGUUCAAGACAAUCUAAUGGUUGUUCUUCUGAGGAGCACAAGUCAGGCGCACUAAUCAAUAACAGAAUUUUACCUUGUUUUCGUUUUAUUCCACACAUUUAAGAAUGAAGCGUUUUGUCAAAUUACCUGGUAAGUUAGGAUCCUCUAUUGAUUUCCAUGUCAAGUUUUAAGAUGUUCAGUAACCAAAUUUAUAUGUAUUAUAAUUGUGAUGAAUGAAUAUUUUGCUGUGAAAAUAAUUUUCAAUCAAUUUUUUCUUGUAUUUAUUAGUUUGUUGAUUUUUUUUCCAUGGUAGAUAAUCUAGUCAAAAUAUUUUGAGUGAUGUAAGGUCAUUAUUUGACUUAAAUGCUGUAACAAUUCUGUAAUGAUGUGAAAUCAUUAUUUGACAUAUAUCGUAACAAAUCUAUAAAAUCCAGAUAUAUGUAAUGGAACAUCAGUUAUAGAAGUUUCUGAAGUUCAUCUUAUUUGGAAUGCAGUACUAGAGAUACUUUGAUAGCUCCAGUCCAUACAGCUGUACAGUACAAUACCUGGGAGUUUCCCUUUGAUGGGUAUAACAGUAAACUUCAGCUCAGAAAAGGUUUCAGUAUCUUUGCUUAUGUUAACUAAUGGCGAAAUCAAAGGUAUAAAUAAUUAUUAUCUUAUUUAAAAAAAAAUAAAGGUGAAUAAAGUAAUUAAUUUAAAAUGUUUUGAACAUAGCAUCAUUCAUCCAAGGGGAGAUCAAUCUUGUUAGGUGGCUAUUCAACUUUAUCUCUUAAAAAAUGUCUUUAUUCUUGUAUGAAGAUCAAAAGGUGGCACUUUUCUCUUUCGUCAUCUGUGUUUUAGAAACUAUGAUUCUGACAUGGAAGGUUUCCAGCCCCUUGUUUGUUUGUGAUCAAAGACAUUCUCUGUAGAUCUUUAUGAUGAAAAUGAUAACACUUAUGUGAUGCUAAAAUGUUGGAUACUUGACACCUAUAAGGUAGCAUGUGUGUGAUGCUAUAGGUUGUAUGCUUGACACCUAUAAGAUUGCACUUGUGUGAUGCUGUAGUAAUGAUAGCACUUGUGUGAUGCUAUAGUGUUGCUAGCACUUAUGUGAUGCUAUAGUGAUGAUAACACUUGUGUGAUGCUGUAGUGUUGAUAGCACUUGUGUGAUGCUAUAGUGAUGAUAACACUUGUGUGAUGCUAUAGUGUUGAUAGCACUUGUUUGAUGCUAUAGUGAUGAUAACACUUGUGUGAUGCUAUAGUUUGUAUGCUUGACACCUAUAAGAUUGCACUUGUGUGAUGCUAUAGUAAUGAUAGCACUUGUGUGAUGCUAUAGUGUUGCUAGCACUUGUGUGAUGCUAUAGUGAUGAUAGCACUUGUGUGAUGCUAUAGUGUUGCUAGCACUUGUGUGAUGCUAUAGUGUUGAUAGCACUUGUGUGAUGCUAUAGUUUGUAUGCUUGACACCUAUCACCUUAUUGUUCUGUUUAUUAUCAAAUCAUUUUCUUUGUAUUUACCUUGCUUUCAAACCGAACUACUAGAAUAUGUGUUGAUGAUUGUGGUGUAUAAAUGUAAAUGUAAUAUUGAUUAUUCAAGAACAUGUAUUACAGAGGUAUGUUUACCAGUAUCUGUUUAGAAAGUUCCCUCGGCACGUCAUCAGGUAUAAAACAAUGAGUAGUUGUAUGGGAGAAGGGGAAGGCUUAUACCUUGGAAACUCAUUUACUUGUAUACUUGGGAGUUUUGAGGAUACAUUUUGUAAUAUUUUCAUUAAUGCCAGGUUACCCUAGAAAAGGAAAUCAUUCACUUGAUAUACUUUGUAAUAAGUUAUCAUAGAUUGAAAAGAAUUUACUGUCUUGAUAAGGAAACUACAAGAUUCUCUGUAAGGGAUUCCCAAUGAUGUAGCUUGUGUACGUGAGGACAAGGAAAGGAACCACCAAAGUGUUCUUUACCUGUACAGUCUGUGUGUAAUGGUGAUGAGCAUGUAUUCAGACAAACGAAGGUAUGACACAAAAAACAGGUACGAAGAAACCAUACUGCUACAGGUGUUUCGUUAUUGUACAUUUUGUAAUUCCGUUGCCAGUUCGUUUUUUCUGUGUAUAUGUUCGGUUUAACCUGCAAGGUUUGCUGGGUACUGGGUUUUUUCUUGAUGUUCAUGGUUAAAAUGGAGCAGUGACUCCUGUUCUACGACAGAAACAGAUUUUCCCUGUGUAUUUGUAUCAAAUACCCAUGCAAGUGGCAUGUGUUCAUGAGUAUUUGUUUUUCACUUUUGAUCACAGCCCUGAGGACAUUGAUGGCAUUAUAGAACUGUACAACGCCAUGCCAGACUGAGAUGGGUGUACAGCGAGUUCCUUUCCCACAUCACCAAUGUAUGAACAUACUCAGUCAUGUCAAACUCAAAAAUACCACUGACUUAUGCGAAAUGAAAAAUUCAACAUUUAAAGUUGAUUUUUCACAAAUUUGUAAAAGGAACUUAAAAAAUGUUUCAUGUUAUGCAGAGAUCUAGUUAGCCAAAGGGAGAUAACCAAAUCAAAGGGACAUAACCAAGUAACUCAAGUAUGGAAGACCUUCCUACAUUUUGUACAUGUAUGUGUGUACGUAAACAGGCUUGGUAAUGGUCAUUAUUUUGUGUACAUGGAAUCUUUGUUAUUCAGAAUGUUAAACUUCUAUUUUAUCUCACACAUUUUUAAUAUUUUACACCAAGUUUGUACGCCAAGUUUGUACUGGUGAUCUUGUCCCAGCAACAUGUGUUAACUGUGUGACAUGGGCCGUUUUCGUUUAUCGCGGUCCAAACGGUAGAACCUGUUGGACACAGAGUUGUUCGUUUAUAUAAUAAGGUCGGACCCAGUGAUCUGAUGCUGCUUUUAGGCGAGCCUUGACCAAACUUUGCAAGGCCUGCAUAAACUUGUGCAGGUCCGCCAGGAUUUAUACCCGAAAAUGUUAAAUUUAAAAACAGACAUACUUGUUUUUCCCCAUAAACGAACAGGCCCAUGCAUAAUUUGUUUACUUUAUCUGGUUUGAUGGCUUGGACAUGGCAUUAUAUACUGUAACUGUGGUAUUUUCUUGUCUAUAACUUCAGUGAAGUUUUUUUCUAUUUUUACAAUUACACUUUGAAGUGUAUGAAUUGAGGAAGGAACACUGUGAACAUGCAUGGUUGUUCGUUUGUGCUGUUAUUUACACCUGGAAUAUUAACCAACCAUUUGUGCAGAGGACAAAGUUCAACACCAGACUUAUGUUUGAUUUACAUGGAAGUAUGCAAUAUUACAUUGACUUGUUCUACUGAAGCCUUUAUUUUAUGAGGUCAAUCUGAAGGCAGAGUUGUUCUAGUUUACUGUACAUUUGUCUUCACUUUACGUGGAACAGAUCUAUGAGUGCUUUCAACCUGAAACUUUCUAUAUAAUACUUUGAAUCAACAGUAAAAUACCUGCCAUAAUUGAUGUAAAGUAUUAUAAAGAUAUGCAUAUACUUAUAUAUAUAUAUUAUAUUAAACACUUAAUGGUAUGAAUGAUAUUGUGUUGUGCUAUUUCGUGAAAUGUUUAUGUAUUGAAAGUUUAUUUUGUCAAAUGUUCCUAUUUUUUUUGCCAUUUUGGCUUUUGUGAUUUUUGUAGACUCUGCCAUUUGGUCAUAUUGUGAGUAAAGGGAGAGAACUAGUUUGCAGAACAGUGAAAUAAUGAAACCAGCAACAUGACUGUUGGCAGACUGCCAUUGUAAAAAAUAAAAAGUAACAUAAUUGUCAGAAGACUGCCAAUAUAUUGAACUUAUGUAUGAAGUCACCAGCUAAUGAUAUUUUAUUAUAAAAGUUUUUAAAAUUUAGAGCACUUAAAGAAAUGAAAAAACAAUCAAUUUAACAGAAAACUGAUAGCAAUGGUUUUGCUUUCAAAGGCUAAAUGUCAGAUUCUUACCUUUACAGUGCUAACAGCUGAUUUUGUACUUGGAUAUUUCACUGUGCUUAUUUUACAGUAUGUUACACUGCCUUUCAUAUUGGAAUCGCCUGAUAAUGCCUCCAGUAGAAUGUGUUUUUCUGCCUUUUUUGUCCCACUUUUUUAUUAUCAGUAGUUAUAUCUCCCCUUUCUACUUGCUGAUGAUGUGGCAUGUUGAGUUCCAAUAUUGUGUGUUGAAAUGAAUAUUCCCUUGUACAUGUUUCCAAGUGGCAAAAAAAUAAAAGAAUGCCUUCAGUAAAGUUAAAUUUAAACGAC